AUGUAUUACAGUAGCGGCAACUACGAAGCAUUUGCGAGACCACGCAAGCCUCAAGGCGUCAACGACAAGACAGCAUGGUUUAUUGGGUCCGGAUUGGCUUCCCUCGCAGGAGCUGCGUUUCUUGUCCGCGAUGGCCAGAUGCCAGGAAAGAACAUCACGAUUCUGGAGGAAUUGGCGAUCUCGGGCGGAGCCCUGGAUGGCCUCGAUGUACCCGAGAAGGGCUUCGUCAUCCGCGGUGGCCGAGAGAUGGAGGACCACUUCGAAUGCCUGUGGGAUCUCUUCCGAUCAAUCCCCUCUCUUGAAAUCGAAGAUGCUUCGGUCCUCGACGAGUUCUACUGGCUGAACAAGGACGACCCCAACUACUCGCUCCAACGAGCGACCAUCAACCAGGGCCAGGACGCACACACCGAUGGACUCUUCGGGCUCAACAGCACUGCACAACGCGAUAUUUCACGGGUCUUUCUGACACCACGAAAAGACCUGGAAGGAAAACGCAUCAACGAAGUCGUCAGCACGGAUUUCUUGAAGAGUAAUUUUUGGAUGUACUGGCGGACCAUGUUUGCAUUCCAAGAGUGGCACUCUGCUCUGGAGUUCAAGCUGUACCUGCACCGCUUCAUCCACCACAUUGGCGGGUUGCCGGACUUUUCCGCGCUGAAGUUCACAAAGUACAACCAAUACGAGUCUCUCGUCCUGCCGCUGCAGAAAUGGCUGCUCGACCACGGCGUCAAAUUCCAGUACAAGACCCAGGUGGUGGAUGUGGAUUUUGAGGUCGUCGGAGGAAAGACACAUGCUACAAGGAUCGUCUGGAUCAAGGAAGGGAAAUCAGGCGGCGUCGAGCUGGGCUCGAAUGAUUUGCUAUUCAUGACCAUCGGAUCGUUGACAGAGAACUCCGGCCUCGGAGACCAAAAGACACCCGCGCAGCUGAAUGAAGGCCCGGCACCAGCAUGGGACUUGUGGCGGCGCAUCGCAUCAAAGAAUCCCUCCUUUGGCAGACCAGAGGUAUUUGGCUCCCACAUUCCAGAGUCCAAAUGGCAGUCCGCCACCGUCACCACCUUGGACGAACGCAUACCGAGAUACAUUCAAGACAUCUGUAAGCGCGAUCCAUUCAGUGGCAGGGUAGUCACCGGUGGCAUCGUCACAGUUAAAGACUCGAGCUGGUUACUGAGCUGGACGGUCAACCGUCAGCCACAUUUCAAGAAGCAACCUCGGAAUCAGAUCGUGGUCUGGGUGUAUUCGCUCUUGGUGGAUGUGCCAGGAGAUUAUAUCAAAAAGCCCAUGCAGGAUUGUACCGGUGAAGAGAUUACGCAGGAGUGGCUGUACCAUCUUGGCGUACCGACAGAAGAUAUCCCGGUGCUUGCUGCCACAGGCGCCACCUGCGUACCUGUGAUGAUGCCGUACGUCACGUCCUUCUUUAUGCCACGGCACGCAGGCGACCGCCCGGACGUAGUGCCAGUAGGCAGUGAGAACUUUGCGUUCAUAGGUCAAUUUGCCGAGACGACUCGCGACGUCAUAUUCACGACCGAGUACUCAGUCCGGACAGCCAUGGAGGCCGUGUAUCAAUUGCUCAAGGUCGAGCGUGGGGUUCCUGAAGUGUUCAAUUCGACGUACGAUACUCGCACACUGCUCGCUGCCGUGAGUCGGCUGCGUGACGGAAAAGAGUUGGAUGCGCCGUUGCCGGAAUUUCUGAGGAAUUGGAUUGUGCGAAAAAUGGACAACGAGGUCGGAAAGCUCCUCCAAGAUAAUCAUCUCAUUUAG